CAAAGGGAGAAUAGUGUGACACAGACAAAGAGCAAGACAGAGGCUGAAAGAGUGUAAAGUGAGAGACAGAGCGAGACAGAGACCAUGAUGGGGUGAAUGAGCCGUUUGUUUGUCCUCUGUGGCCUUGACUGGUGCUUGGUGCCUGGCAUCAGGAGUAAUUUCCUCUCAUAACGGACACUGCCAUCCGUGCAUUAGCAUUUUCGCUGCAGCAGGGGCAACAGUUGGUGCGUGAGUUUGCGUCUGAUUAUGCAGGGAAUGGGGAAGACAGAGAGAGGGGAGCAGGGCCGAGACAUUGACCUGACAUCGCUGAGAUCCACCAUGCCAGCCAGCGGCCCCCUGCAGGGAGGUCCAGCCUCAAACCUGAACAUGAACCUGUACGCCACCAAGAAGACAGCAGCCGAGGGCAUGUUGGACAUCGCUCUGUUCCUGGCAAACAUCACUCACAUGAAGACCGUCAUCGAACAGGGAGCUGGAUACAGGUACUACGCUGCUGUCCUGACGCUCAUCUCCUUCUCCCUGGGUCUGCAGAUAGUGGCUGGAGUCUUGAUCAUAAUCAUCGCACGGAAAGACCUCAACGACGAGGCCAACCACAGACGCCUGGACAGUCAGAACAACUUCCUCACCAUCCUCAUCUUCCUCAUCUUUGUGACCAACAUCUUCAUCUCUGUCAUGGGGAUGGAGAGAACGGGCCUCUUUCCCAGGAUGCAUUUCUGAUCCCGCAGGGACCUGAACGUGGUGUCCAAUCAGAAACGACUCGACUACCUGAACAACCUUGCUACAGGCGUCAUCUUUGUCGUCACGGUGGUUAACUUCUUCGUCAGCUUCUUCGGAUCGAAGAGGACCGGCUUCUUCCGCUGGCUGCUGGCUCGACUCCACUUCUGACACACACACAUACACACACACACAUUCACACAAUUCUUGUGCUUAAAAUAGUUUGUGCACUUGCAAUUUGUAAAGAAAGGUGAAAAAAACCCAACAUUAAAUUGUAUAUAUAUUAUUCAUUCAUUCAAUGAACGGUGUUGAGCAUUUGAAUCAUGCUUUCAUGCUGUAAUCCUACUAAAAUUCAUUUUAACCAACUGAACAUCUAUUUACAGUGAUUGUACAUUUGCCCAGUUGUGUGUGUUCUACUGUAGUUGCAUAUCUAUCUUUGCCAGUCACAGAAAGUGUGAGAUGGACAUAUAGUAAAUGUGUGUUUGAGAUGUGUGUGUUUGUGUGGUGUUACCCAUGUUGUGGGGACCUGAACACAGUCACACUGGUUAAUAUUGAGCUACUGCCCUCUGAAGUCACGGAGACACCACUGUCUGUGUGUCUGUGUGUCUGUGUGUGUGUCACAGGACGCCGGGACCUGAAUAACUCUGGUCUGCAGAUGCGUCUGGACUAUCUGAACAACGUAAAGACCAUUA